AUGCUUCUGUUGGCGGCCACCUUCUUACUCGUGUCCCCGGCGUUGAAGUCCGACUGGGCCGUUUACGUUCUGCCCUACGCAGCGUUCCAGCUCCUGCUCCUCACGAUUCUCUUGAUAAAGGGAGUUUGCACAGAGACCCCGCAAAACAAAGGCCGAUGUGUGGAGUUUCGGAUUUGGGCCCAGCUGCCGGUCGGGGAAGGCACGGAAGGGCUCACCGCGGAGGCCGGGCCGGCCGGGCCCGAGUUCUUUGUGCAUCGGAUUCGUCGGGGAAAGAAGUCAUCGGAUUGCAAGACGGUCAUCGAGCGGACCGGCGUGUCCUCGGCCAAGAUGGACUGUGCGUGUCCGAGGCCCAGGCUCGGUCCCUGCUGCAUUUGCAUGGAAGAUCCAGACGUGGCCUCAGCCCUGUUACCUUGCGGGCACACUUUCUGCGAGCCCUGCAUCGCUCAGUGGUCGAUGUCGGGUUCCGACUACAGCAGCAAAUGCCCCGUUUGCCGUGCGGACUUUGGAGCCAGCACCCCUGAUGGCGCAGACUCAUAA